CCAGACUAGUGAGUAACCAACACGCCUCUGUUACUGCUUUACUGAUUGCAAAAGAGAAUCAUUUUCCUUUGGAGAAACUUUCUCAGGUGUGAAUUGUUUUUGUUGCUAUUCAAACAAAUUCAAAAUAAACAACAAGUGUUUACCUUGCUUUUAAUUUCUUCAACUAUUAGUGUAAUUGUUUCCUGACAAAAUUCAACUUCAUCUCAUAAUGAAUAUAAGUAAAGUUUUAAUUUCCGAUUCUCUGGACCAAGCUGCUGUUGAUAUUUUACUCAAACGUAACAUUCAAGUUGAUGUGAAAACCAAAUUAACCCCUCAAGAGCUGAUUGAAAUAAUUAAAGAUUAUGAUGCUUUGAUUGUUAGAUCAGCAACCAGGGUGACAAAGGAAGUUAUUGAAGCUGGUAAAAAACUGAAAGUCAUCGGUCGUGCUGGAGUUGGUGUUGAUAACAUUGAUGUUAAAACUGCUACACAAAAUCGUGUGCUUGUCAUCAAUGCUCCAGAUGGGAAUACUACUGCCGCUGCUGAACUAACAUGUAUUAUGAUAUUGUCUUUGGCUCGACCCGUGGUGGCUGCCUGUUCAAAACUAAAAACUGGUGUUUGGGAUAAAGAAUCAUUCAAAGGAACCGAAGUUCAGGGAAAGACUUUAGCCAUUGUUGGAUUGGGUAGAAUUGGAAGAAAAGUUGCAACCUGUAUGAAAGCUUUCGGCAUGCGAGUAAUUGGUUAUGAUCCUUUCGUUACGCCUGAUGAUGCUCAAAAGUUUGGAGUUGAAUUUAUGGAUUUGGAACAGAUUUGGCCUCAAGCUGAUUACAUAACUCUUCAUGUUCCUCUGAUUGAAUCCACUCGAGGAUUAGUUAACUCAGUUACCUUGAACAAAUGUAAAAAAGGAGUCAAAAUCAUCAAUUGCUGUCGUGGUGGUACUGUUGAUGAGAAAGCACUCCUGGAAGCAUUAAACUCUGGACAAGCUGGUGGAGCAGGUCUUGAUGUUUUUGAAGAGGAACCAUGUAAAUUCAAUGAGCUUCUGGAACAUCCUAAGGUUGUCUGUACUCCCCAUCUUGGUGCAAGCACUAAAGAAGCACAAAUUAAAGUUGCAGAAGAAAUUAGUCUUCAAUUUUUAACUUUGAUGGACAGUGAUUCACUGAAUGUUCCUGGUGCCGUCAAUGGUAAACAAAUAUCUCAAGGAUGAUGAGCAUUCUUUAUGAAAUUGAUUAUCUCGAUUUAUGUGCAGAGCCAUAUAAUCCAAUCGUUUUUGUUCUCAUUUUGAUUAAUCGCCUUUCUGGACUGUAUUUAUUAUAAUAAUAAAUACAUUAUAUUAGCAA